AAGAUUGAAAUCAACGGAUUCUCAUCAAUGUACAUUUAAGACUUUAAAUGUUUAAACAUGUUAAGUAUUCAGCGAAUUUUGACAGCUACCUCUCUUUUAAUUUUAUUCAAUUAUCAUGAAGCAGUUGCUUCUCAAAAUCUGUCAUUCACACCUAUCGUUAUUGAGGCAGAAUAUCAUAAAGAAUAUAAACUUAUUAUAAACACUACUGUUGAAUAUGUCCUUUUGUACCGCACUAACAAUGUAACUUGGAUGGAAACUGCGAGAAUUGAUGUUGAAAGCAAUGCCACUCAUGAUCUGCCCCUUAUUGUAGUUGUACGGCAGAAAAGAGGAAUACUGUCGUGGCAGAUUCCUCUUGUAGUAAAUAACAUGUAUUUUAAUGAUUUAACUUAUAAUAAAACAAGUCGUACACUGUGUUCUACAAAAGAGUAUAGAAAUGAACCAGGAGCUCAAGAAGAAUUUGUUACUGUUAGUUUGUCUACUGCUAGUCAUAUAAACAUUGCAUUUACAUUGAUUGUAACUGAGGAUUUUCAUUUUUAUUUAAGACCAGGAGAGAAGAGAUCUGUAACAAUUUCCCCAUCUGAACCUAUUUAUUAUGGUUUUACCUUUCCAGAACAAACUGAAAGUUCUGUGAUUGUGCACAUUGAAUCUGAGAGUGAUAUUUGUAUGACUGUUUCAAUUCAAAACACAACGUGUCCUGUAUUUGAUUUAGAAAGAAAUAUUGAAUUUGCUGGUUACUGGCAAACUGUUAAUCGACAAGGUGGUAUCACAGUGCCAAAGGAGGCAUAUCCGAGGGGAUUUUUUGUUGUACUGGUAGUAAAAGGUGAUGAUACUGAUUGCUUCGGAUCACCUCACAUGAUCUCCUUGAGGAAUAAAAAUGUAACAUUAAUAGUAAAUCAUAGUAUUACCAAACAAGAUUAUCUUAUCGCAUCAGGAGUAGUAGUAUCUGUUAUUUUAAGUUUUUGCAUUAUCUACAUUGUGGGCAUUGUAGCAUUAAAAAUUAAAGAGGGUAGAAAAAUUGGCCAAGAAUUAUUGAACAAUCAAGAAUCUGGAAACAUUAAUGAACCUAUACAAAGUCCUUCAACUAUAGAAGAGAUUGAGCCACACCAAUCGGUAAUAGAAGAAGACUCUUCACUGGAUGAAGAUGACAUUGAUAUAAUGGAAGAUGCCCUGUCCGAUAAAGAAGUAAUACGAACAAAAUUAGUGCUUGCAGUCUGUGAUUUAGCUCGUAAAGAUCCAAAAAUUCUUAGACACAAAUCCCGGUUGUACUUAUACUACUUGGCAACGGUCGCCGUAUUUUAUACUUUACCCGUUGUACAACUAGUAAUAACGUACCAGCAUGUACUUCAUGUUACCGGAAAUCAAGAUAUGUGCUACUAUAAUUUCCUUUGUGCACAUCCGUUUGGACUGUUGUCGGAUUUCAAUCAUGUGUUUUCGAAUUUCGGAUACAUUAUGUUCGGUCUUCUAUUUAUUUUCUUGACGUCCUCCCGAGAAAACAAUGGAAUAGUCAAAGAAAAAAACAAAUGCUAUGGUAUACCGGAACACUACGGAUUAUUUUAUGCAAUGGGUACCGCGCUAAUUAUGGAAGGUGUACUCUCAGGAAGUUACCAUGUGUGUCCGAAUAGAAGCAAUUUUCAAUUCGACACCAGUUUCAUGUACAUCAUAGCAGUGCUUUGCAUGAUCAAGAUUUAUCAAAAUCGUCAUCCCGAUGUAAACGCCCGAGCGCCAGUCACAUUUGGCGCUUUGGCUAUACUUAUACUUCUAGGAUUAGUUGGUGUUCUGGAUGGUUCAAAUGCUUUUUGGAUUGUAUUCACGAUUAUGCAUUUAGUAAUUUGUUUGUUUCUAACUAUUCAAAUUUAUUAUAUGGGUCGGUGGAGAUGCAGAGGCAUUAUUAGAAGAGUGAUACAGUCCUGCAGAUACGAGGCACGUACGGGAAUAAGAAAUCUGUUACGACCGUUAUAUUUAGGACGAUUCAUAAUGCUUGUCAUAGCAAAUUUAUGUAACAUUGCUCUCGCGGUAUAUGGAAAUAUAAGCCACGAGAAAAAUUUUGCCACGUUUUUAUUAGCCAUAUUAAUGUCUAAUUUAAUUUUGUAUACUAUGUUUUAUAUUGUAAUGAAGAUUUGUUAUAGAGAGCGGAUCCUUCUCCUACCAAAAAUAUAUAUUAUUUUGACGUUUAUGUUCUGGGCCGCUGCUUUGUAUUUCUUUGUAAACAAAACAAUUUCGUGGGCACUCACUCCGGCACAGUCUCGCCUUUAUAACAGACCUUGCAAGCUUCUAUACUUUUUCGACAACCAUGACAUUUGGCACUUCUUGUCUGCCUUAGCUAUGUUCUUCUCAUUCAUGGUUCUGCUCACCCUAGACGAUGAUCUAAUCGAUGUACACCGAAGUCAAAUACCAGUCUUUUGAGGGUAAUGACACGAACAGGUGUUCAUUCGUACUUCAUUUUUGUUUAUCUCUUCAUGGGGAUAUGACUAUAUAAUAUACAUUUUACCAUUAAUGAAGU